AUGCAGCGCGCUCUCUCCUCCGCAGCUCGGUCCUCGUUGUCCUCUUCAUCUCCAUACUCUAGAGCAGCCGGACGAAGUCUCCAACAACUGCGCUUCGCUCACAAAGAGCUCAAGUUCGGAGUAGAGGGAAGAGCUCAGUUGCUCAAGGGUGUCGAGACUCUAUCGAAGGCUGUUGCAACAACACUCGGUCCCAAGGGCCGCAAUGUCCUCAUCGAGUCGAGCUAUGGCUCGCCCAAGAUAACCAAAGAUGGUGUUACGGUCGCCAAAGCUGUCACCCUCCAAGACAAGUUCGAGAACCUCGGAGCCCGCCUGAUCCAGGAUGUCGCCUCAAAGACCAAUGAAGUUGCUGGUGAUGGCACUACAACCGCUACCGUGCUGGCGAGUGCCAUCUUCUCGGAAACUGUCAAGAACGUCGCUGCCGGAUGCAACCCUAUGGACUUGAGAAGAGGCACACAGGCCGCUGUUGAUGCAGUCGUCGACUUCUUGCAAAAGAACAAAAAGGACAUUACCACCAGUGCCGAGAUCGCCCAAGUUGCGACGAUCUCUGCCAACGGUGAUACACACGUCGGCAACCUCAUCUCGAACGCGAUGGAAAAGGUCGGCAAGGAGGGUGUGAUUACGGUCAAGGAGGGCAAAACAAUUGAAGACGAGCUCGAGGUUACCGAGGGCAUGCGCUUCGACCGCGGCUUUACUUCCCCAUACUUUAUCACCGACACCAAGUCACAAAAGAUCGAGUUUGAAAAGCCCUUGAUCUUGCUCUCUGAGAAGAAAAUUUCCGCUGUGCAAGACAUCAUCCCGGCCCUGGAGGCGUCUACCCAAAUGCGCCGACCUCUUGUCAUCAUCGCCGAGGAUAUCGAUGGCGAAGCAUUGGCUGUGUGCAUUCUCAACAAACUUCGAGGCCAACUUCAAGUGGCAGCAGUCAAGGCUCCCGGCUUUGGAGACAACCGCAAGAGCAUCCUCGGUGAUAUUGGUAUCCUGACCAACGCCACCGUCUUCACGGACGAACUGGACAUCAAACUGGAAAAAGCCACGCCUGACAUGCUGGGCUCGACCGGCAGCAUCACCAUCACCAAGGAAGACACCAUCAUCCUGAAUGGGGAGGGUAGCAAAGACGCCAUCGCCCAGCGAUGCGAGCAGAUCCGUGGCGUCAUGGCCGAUCCCUCGACCUCAGAAUACGAGAAGGAGAAGCUUCAAGAGCGUCUUGCCAAGUUGUCUGGCGGUGUGGCCGUCAUUAAAGUUGGUGGAGCUUCCGAGGUUGAGGUGGGCGAAAAGAAAGACCGUGUUGUUGACGCUCUAAAUGCCACUCGUGCUGCCGUCGAAGAGGGUAUCCUGCCCGGCGGUGGUACUGCGUUGAUCAAGGCCGCUGCCAAUGCCCUUGGCAGUGUUCAACCGUCCAACUUCGACCAACAGCUCGGUGUCAGCAUUAUCAAGAACGCCAUCACGCGACCUGCUCGGAGAAUCGUUGAAAACGCUGGACUAGAAGGUAGCGUCGUCGUCGGCAAGCUUAUGGACGAAUUCGGUUCCGACUUCAACAAGGGCUUCGACUCUGCUAGCGGACAGUAUGUGGACAUGUUGAGCAAGGGUAUUGUCGAUCCUCUCAAGGUCGUGCGCACGGCGCUCGUUGAUGCCUCCGGUGUCGCCUCGCUCCUGGGUACCACGGAAGUUGCGAUCGUGGAGGCUCCCGAAGAGAAGCCUGCAAUGCCGAUGGGCGGCGGUAUGGGCGGCAUGGGAGGCAUGGGCGGAUUCUAA